GCUUCUUCUUCCGACAGCUAUUCCUUUAAAGGCGUAUUUAAAGCCCUGGCUUCAGUUGCGGCAGUAACAGACAACCUAUGCAACAAAAGCUGCUGCAGAGACGAGCGACUGUCCGACCGCUCAGCGGACACAAACACGGAGCCAGCGGCUGACACAACCCGGCGAGGUACGACUGCAGGGCUUAAAAUUGCAGCGUGGACCAAAUUAUCAACGUCUCGACAACAUUUAUGACGCUUCCAAGGCCUUUUGAUUGAUCAGCCAAUCGAUGGGGAUUUUCAGAAGAGCGACGCCCACCUUUGCUACCUGCCUUCCUCCUCCUCCCCCCUCCCCUAGCGGCCUCUUCCUUGCCCCCACCGCCUCCGUCAUCCAGCCCUCCAUCCAGCCCUCUUUAUACAAAAUGACUCUGGAACUUACUGAAUGGUCUUCUAUAUGGAUUUGUACAGCUUGUAAUAGACAGUAGGAAAAAGAGGGAGAAACCUCAAUGACAAAAAAGCCAUAAACGCACAAACACACACACACACACACACACACACACACACACACACACACACACAGAGACAAACUCCCUCUUGGAAUGUACCGCACACUCUUCCUGUGAAAAUUCAAUUGCUUCCAUAAUUUUUUUCUGGAUUUAUACAAGCCUUUGGAAAGCUGAUUUUGUUCAUUUUUUUCCGACUCUGGGACAAAACAAAAAGCCGAGUGGAGAAUUAACACUUGUGGAAUUUAGGCUGCAGUGUUUAGGGUCAAGUUGUUUUCAGGACAACUUGUUCAGACAACUCGUUGCUGAUUGUUUCGUUUUCUUUACAUUUAUAUACCAGAUCUAUAGAUCAGUUUUUCCUUCAUUUAUCUGGUGUCCAUAGCCUUGUUAAGUUUUAGAUUAAUUCAGUUACUUUUUAAUUCUGGAAAUAGGUCUGUUACAGGGGUUUUUGUUUUCAUGAUAGUGGUGUUAGCCCUCCAUUUCUUUUGAACACCCCUAUCUGGUGAUUAUUAUUUUAAAGGAGUAAUAUAUAAGCAAGUUACUACCACAGGCUGCAAUUUGUAACUUGUAAAGAUUGCAAUUAGGUCAUUACCAGUUUUAAAGUCGGCCUCUGUGUUCUGGGUGACUUGAUACAAGUACUCUAUUGUUUUUUCUUUGGUAGCUAAAGGUAGUGUCAGAGGGGGUGCAUUUGUUUUCUCAUUGCGUGCAUGCCCUCCAACAUGCCUCCCCAGAACACAGAGGCCGACGUCAUGCAGGUCGGAUCUCUGGUGGGCGGGGUUAACGCCCAAAACACCACGGCAUCAGGCUCGAACGAGGAGAAAGGAGGAGCAGGAGGCAAGACGAAUGGAUUGGGAGGCGGAGGUCGAGGAGUGGAGGAAUCGACGAGCGAGGGAUCACUCGAAGGCAUACCCUUGAAGAGAUGGGUGAUGCACGGGGCCGUGAUGUUCGGCCGGGAGUUCUGCUAUGCCAUGGAGACGGCGCUGGUGACGCCCGUGCUGCUGCAGAUAGGUCUUCCAGAGCAGUACUACAGUCUGACGUGGUUCCUCAGUCCGGUCCUCGGCCUCUUCUUCACUCCUCUGAUCGGCUCGGCCAGCGACCGCUGCACUCUGCGAUGGGGCAGGAGGAGGCCGUUCAUCCUGGCUCUCUGCGUAGGGACACUGAUAGGAGUGGCUCUGUUUCUGAAUGGAUCGCUGAUCGGUUUGUCGAUGGGUGACGAGCAGGGGAGACAACCAAUAGGAAUUGUUCUUACUGUGUUGGGGGUGGUAGUGUUGGACUUUAGUGCAGACGCAACUGAGGGACCAAUCAGAGCGUACCUGCUAGAUGUGGCGAACACAGAGGAACAAGACAUGGCCCUCAACAUCCACGCUGCCUCAGCAGGUCUUGGUGGUGCGGUCGGCUACGCCCUCGGAGGUUUAGACUGGACGCACACCUUCCUAGGAGCAGCCUUCAAGUCCCAGGAGCAGAUCCUGUUCUUCUUCGCUGCCAUCCUCUUCUCCGUCUCUGUGGUGUUGCAUCUCUUCAGUAUCAAGGAGCAGCCCUAUUUGCCCCAACAUGACAGACUGGAUCAGGAGAGUCCGGAUCGCACCAAACUGCAAGCAUCCACCAAUGGCAGGCCCGGACAUCUCGGCCCCAAGCUUGAAUUGAUUGGAGAGGAUGAAACGAUGGACAGCUUCGACCUCUAUGACCCCUAUGGAGACAACCUGUCUGAGCAUGGGGAUAUGGACAUGGACUUCCGAGAGAUGGAGCUUGUGAGAAGUAAAAGUGACAGUGUUCUCGCCAUGGCAGACGCCACUCUCGACCACCUGGACCACGAUGCGUUGUACCUGUGCCACCUAGAGCCGUCCAUCUUUGCUGACCGCCUCUCACCCUAUCACGGCUCGCCUCCUGCGCCUGGUAACUUCUUCAACCCAAACUGCAGCACUCCGCCAAUCCGGUUUGACGAAAUCAGACGCAGCAGCAGUGCAGGAAGUCAGGACCUGCUCCAAGCCAACAAUCACCAAACACAAACCACCAGUCCCAGAAUUUCCCGCCUUUCAGCUUUCUUACAGGAAAUGGAAAAUGACGAUGGUCAGGAGGCGUUGCUGAACAACCAGCUCAAUGAGCAGCGGACACUGAAUGGGCGGCUGUUAGCCAGUGUGACGAACCCUGACACCAACAAUUUGAGCUCCAAGGGACAGGCUCAUCGUGCUGGAAUGGUCAAAGCUGCCAGUACCGGAGCCCCCAUGCGGCAGUCACGUCACCGUCACAUCUUCUACCGCCAGCCGUCCUGCACCUUCUCCUACUACGGCCGAGUGGGGAGCCACCGCUACCGCCAGGCCAACGCCGCUUAUCUCAUCAAGCCGUCUCGCAGCAUGAACGACCUGUGCGAAGUGGAGGCCAGACACAGAAGAAGGCAAAGACAGAGAAACAGACACCGCAGCGGAAACACUAACUCCUCCAGUGGGGAUACAGAGAGCGAAGAGGGAGAGGUUGAGACCACGGUGCGGCUGCUGUGGCUCUCCAUGCUGAAGAUGCCUCCAGAGCUGCUGCGACUGUGCGCCUGUCACCUGCUCACCUGGUUCUCCAUCAUUGCUGAGGCCGUCUUCUUCACUGACUUCAUGGGUCAAGUCAUCUACCAUGGAGAUCCUACCGCUCCUCUUAACUCUACUUUGCUGGAGGAUUAUCACAAAGGAGUUCAGAUGGGAUGUUGGGGGCUGGUUAUAUAUGCCAUGACUGCUGCUACAUGCUCAGCUAUCCUUCAGAAGUACCUUGACAACUUUGACCUGAGCAUUAAGGUCAUCUACAUCAUGGGAACGCUUGCCUUUUCCAUAGGAACAGCUGUUAUGGCAAUCUUCCCUAACGUGUAUGUUUCCAUGGUUAUGAUCAGCAGCAUGGGCAUAAUCUCCAUGAGUAUCUCCUAUUGUCCGUAUGCUCUGCUGGGACAGUAUCACGAAAUGAAAACGUACAUCAGGCACAGCCCUGGUAACUCCCGUAGAGGCUUUGGCAUUGACUGUGCUAUCUUAUCCUGCCAGGUGUACAUCAGUCAGAUCUUGGUGGCCUCUGCUCUGGGUGCUGUCGUGAAGGCUGUUGGCAGCGUUCGUGUCAUUCCCAUGGUGGCCUCUGUGGGCUCCCUCCUCGGAUUCUUCACCGCCUUCUUCCUGGUCAUUUACCCGUAUCCAAACAACGCGGAUGGGGAAUCAGCCAAAGCUUCGAAACGCUCCUUGACAAAGCUGGAAAAUCACAACAAAGGGGCUGUUACAGUGGUGGCAGAGAAACCCAGCUUCCUGAAACUCAACAAGAAGGGCAAGGCCACCACCACCACCAUCGCUUCCUGUCACACGGAGAACGAGUCAGUUCUGUGAUUGGCUGGCUUAAGUCGACAGACACGUUUCUGCAGAAACAACAACAUUCACUGAAAAGAUUGUCCGCGUCAUGCUGGAGUUCACAGACACAAGGAAGAGAGAGGAGGGCAGCUUUUUAUUGAUUUGCGGAAGAAAACAACUACAUGUUAGGUCACACCAGGCCAACAAAGCAUUCUGGUCCCAGUGCUGUUUCGGCCAUCACUGAAAUUCUUACACUUAGCCCUCAAAACAUUUGACUGAUCCGUCAGGGUUGUCCAGAUGUGGUUUUAAGGAGAGGUUGUUUCUGUCUCUCAGGGCCUCUAGGAGGUGCUACUAAGCAGCCGCCUGGACAAGAACAUUCAGGGGACUUGCACACGCACAUGCACACACACACUCACACGCACACACACCUCCUCAUCUGUCGUCAACACAAUCGAAUGAACGGAUUAAUAAUGAACGUUGUUGAUGAAUAUUAGUCCUUGAAGCUGAAAUCAUGCAAUCAUGCAAAAAUGCUGAAAAUUGUUCUUCCUUGCCGUGGAAUCGGCUUGAUCGAAUCUGCGAUGAUGGUGCCAACGAGAUCGACAAGAGUGUGUGUGAGUGUGGGUCUGCUGAAGUUUUCACCAAAAUAAACCCAACAACACGCUCGGAUUUGCAGGACUUUGUUCAGAGUUCUGCGACAGUAGCUUUAAGACUCUAGGGACUUCUGCGAGUGGCAUUUCUGAAACUAGGAGCCCGGAGCCUGCUUCUUGGUUCUAGAAAAAUAACUCUUUAAUCCCCAGAUUGAUUGUGUGUGUGCGUGUGUGUGUUUGUGUGUGUGUGUGUGUGUUUUUGCCCUCCUCCACAUGGCAAGUGUACUAACGUCUUUAUUUUAGCCCUCACUCAGAAGUGGCCUGUAUAUUGAGGGUCAAGAAUACAGAUGUGUAUUAAGUGAAAUUCCAGGAAAAAAGAGUGCAGAUGCAAUAUGUGCAGCAUACAGGGCAUUACAAUCCCAAAUAUUAUUGUCAUGAUUUAUUGAGGGCCCAGGAUGGCGCUUCUGUUUGUUGAAUAAUCUAGGCUGACCUACAUGCUGCAUGAUAGAGGAGCAGAAAAGAGACAAACCAAACACCAGAGAAGAAGAGGAGAGAGAUGUGGAGCUGCUCUCUCUCUCUUUCUCUCUCUCUCUCUCUCUCUCUCUCUCUGUGUCUCUCUCUCUCUCUGUCUCUCUCUCUCUCUCUACUUUAUUGCUUAAUUUUUUUAUUUUAUUCUGUUAGCACAAUGUUAGUCACUAACUGCACAUUAGCUGAGCCAUUGUUUGAAAUCGUGUUAAAUAGCAUCCAGUAAGAAAAAGACACAUUUGAGCUCCUCUGUUCUCGUGGAUCCAGGGUGAUUAGAAUGGGUCCGGGAUAUAUUAAAAUGAAAAAAUAUGUAAUGGAAGAGAAGCAAAAUAAAUCCAUCUAGUUCAGGCUUGUUAUGUGAGCCUCGGUAAAGGAUUUCCGCUUCUGGUCUAGGUGUCUUGGUUCCACUGAACAGGGCCAAAUAUAAGUAUAAUAUAGUAUUUUAGAUUACAUAUGUGUGUUGUACGAUGAAUGGAUAUUUAGAAAAGGAUAGAGGGAUGUGAAAUUAUUCAGCAAACAGACAUGAAAGAACGAUCUUCUCAUCUGUGUAUUCCCAAAAAGCCAAAUUGUUCUUUUAAAUGUUUGAACUUAAGCAACAUUUUAAUAUUUAAAGAUUUGGAAAGACAUGUCUUAACUUGAUCCAAAAUGAGACAAUUAAGGCACAGUGACCAUUUUUCACAGACUUUCCGGUUGAGUAAAAUCACAUUUCUGCUUGUGAAAACUAAAACUUUACAUAUAGUGGACUUAAUCCACCUUUGCCUCCAGAAAAACUACAGACUAUCAAAAAUAAUUGACCAGAUCAUAACAAAAGUGAGAGACUAAUGGUCUUUUUACAAAAUUAUUUAAUUAAAAGUUGUAUCAAUCAAAACUAAACUUCUAUUAAUACUGAAUGAUGUUGAAUGUAGACCAAUAAGGUAUAGUAAUCUUCGAAUGUUUUAAUAGCUGACAAUGCUGGACUUAAAAAAAAAAAGAAGAAAAGUAAAUAGUAAGAAAGACAGAUGAAAGAUAAAUACUUUAGUGUCUUUUGUUGCAAUAAUAGCCUCUGUGAAGUGGAAUGUGUGAGGGUGGUGGUGGAACCUGUCGUGGUGAAAGGCUGUGGAUUUGGGUCAGUUGUCCUUUUAGCUCAAUCAGCUGAAACGUGCACAUUUAAAGGAAUGGAAAUGGAAAUUGCAGUGACUUCAUUUCCUGAUGGAAGAACAUUUUAUUUUGAUGUGUAUUAGAACAUUUAACAGAGAAGCUUAUUUAUAUUUUUGGUUUUAGAAGAGAAUUCACUCACCGAUGAUGUGGUUAUUAUAUUUUCUUUCACUUGGAUGGGUGCUGGUGCAGUUUAAUCCUGUUUCUAACAGAAUAGAUUCCUUCCAUACUUUCAGGUACAUUCAUUCAGUCCCCGAGCAGAGUUGAGAGGGAGAGAGAGUUUUGCUUCCUGGGUUGACCCUGCUCUGGCUGUGGUGCUGGGACAAAAAAAAAAAA